ACCCCCCAAGGCCCUGCCGUCCUCUGGGCCCCACUCCUUGCGCGACAUGCCGCACCCGCUGGCCGGCUCCAGCAGCGAGGAGGCCGUGGGAGGCGAUAGCACGCCCAGCCCGGACCUGCUCGUGGCCCGCAGCUUCGGUGACAAGGAUCUCAUUUUGCCCAAUGGUGGUACUCCGGCAGGCACUUCGAGUCCAGCCUCUUCAUCUUCUCUUCUGAAUAGACUUCAGCUUGACGAUGACAUUGAUGGUGAGACCAGAGAUCUCUUUGUCACAGUUGAUGACCCCAAGAAGCAUGUCUGUACAAUGGAGACCUAUAUCACCUAUAGGAUCACCACCAAAAGUACUCGGGUGGAGUUUGACUUGCCAGAAUAUUCUGUUCGUCGAAGAUACCAGGAUUUUGACUGGUUGAGAAGCAAACUGGAAGAAUCGCAGCCCACCCAUCUCAUUCCCCCACUUCCUGAGAAGUUUGUGGUGAAAGGUGUUGUGGAUCGUUUUUCAGAAGAGUUUGUGGAGACCAGAAGAAAAGCUUUGGAUAAAUUCUUAAAAAGAAUUACAGAUCAUCCUGUUCUGUCUUUCAAUGAACAUUUUAAUGUUUUCCUUACUGCUAAGGACCUGAACGCCUACAGGAAGCAGGGGAUGGCGCUGCUGAGCAGAGUGGGUGAGUCUGUCAAGCAUGUCACCGGAGGCUACAAGCUGAGGAGCCGGCCUCUGGAGUUCGCAGCCAUAGGUGAAUACUUAGAUACUUUCGCCCUCAAGCUGGGGACCAUUGAUCGGAUAGCCCAGCGGAUCAUCAAAGAAGAAAUAGAGUACCUUGUAGAGCUGAGGGAAUAUGGGCCUGUGUACUCCACGUGGAGCGCUCUAGAAGGGGAGCUCGCGGAGCCCCUGGAGGGUGUGUCAGCUUGCGUUGGGAAUUGCUCUACAGCCUUGGAGGAGCUGACAGAUGACAUGACCGAAGACUUCCUUCCUGUGCUCAGGGAAUACAUUUUAUACUCUGACUCCAUGAAGAGUGUACUGAAGAAGAGAGAUCAAGUUCAAGCAGAGUAUGAAGCCAAACUGGAAGCCGUGGCUCUGAGGAAGGAGGACCGCCCCAAGGUGCCAGCAGAGGUGGAGAAGUGUCAGGAUCGCGUGGAGUGCUUCAAUGCCGACCUGAAGGCCGACAUGGAGAGGUGGCAGAACAAUAAGCGGCAGGACUUCCGGCAGCUGCUCGUGGGCUUGGCGGACAAGAACAUCCAGUAUUAUGAGAAGUGCCUCAUGGCGUGGGAGUCGAUCAUUCCACUGCUGCAGGAGAAACAAGAGGGCAAGUAGCCUCCUCCUUGGAACAGAGGCUCUCCUACCUACAUGGGCGUGGCUGUCUGUACUGGAAUGUCCCUGCGGUGCCAGAGGGGUUGGCGCUGUGAACGGAAGCACCUCUCCUUUGUGUAUUCUCCCCCUCUCCCCUGCACCCCACAGCAGUUGUUUUCAAUUAGUAUUUAUUCCUUGGUGGAGUCUGUGAGGCUGUAAUCAUCUCUCAGAACAAGAAGCAUACCUCCGUGUCGUGAAGGAACCUACUACGUGGAACACUAUGAAGGCUUCAGUCUGAGGAACACUGCAACCCACAGCUGACCUGUGGCAUCUCAUGGGCGUUUCCUGUUUGGAAGUUGCCAGUUGUGGGAGAGGAUCCAGGUCCUACUUUUCAAGGACAGGCGGGAGUUGUGAAGAGAUGCACUGUGGCUUGCAGUCGUGGCAGCAGCCCUGCCCUUGACCCUGUGGGCACUGGCUUGGCCCAGCCUAGAAGGAGGUGUUGGGAUCUCCAAGAAAAGUCCUUAACUUACAGUGGCCUGUAGCUGUGAGUGUGGCCUGCUGCCUGUGAUGAGUGACAUGUCUUUUGUUUCUGGUUCAUGUGGAACCAUUGAAAUCAGUGUCUAGAUGCACCUCGCUGGAGUAGGCAAGUAAGCGUCUUUGUCCGUGUGUGAUGCUUUGGGGAGCGGCAGGAGUGUGUGCCCCUUGAUCAUGUUCCUGACACCAGAAUGCAACAGAUUAGCAACUUUUUGUGGAAAAUGAAAAAAGGUGCAAUUUUCUCUGUAUAGAUCUUUAGUGUUUUUGUUUGCUAAUUGUCAGUACAGUCAAGAUUAAAUGCAUUAGGAAAUACCUUUUAUUUUGCAUUCAGAGUAGCUCCCCUAUUGUGGAGAUUAAUGGGCCUAUACCAAGCCCCACUUUCACUGUCUGCUUUGUGCAGUUUGCCUUUACCUCACCAAAAAUACCUGGUUGAGUACUUCCUACCAUGUCCAUGAGAUGUUUGGGCAGCCUUUUGGGGGGAGGGCUUAUGUGUUGUGUCAUUACAACACAGUCAGCAUUUGUAAACUCAGCGUGAAUGUUCUACAUAAAGUGCUUUAAUCCUCCACAUUUCCUAAUCAGGAAGAACAGUCAGUAAGUACUUCAGGGGCCUCGAGGUAAUAAGGGUAACAGUAAACUAUUUGCUUCUAGCUAAGCAAAAAUCUCAAUUUGUAGCCAAAUUCCUGGGGGCUGCUGGGUGUAUUUAACAUUUUCAUUUCAAACUAUUGCCAGGUUUAUUUUUUAAAAUCAUCAUAAAAUUAAUAAUCCAAGGAAUGCUAUCUUACACUUUUUCUUUUUGCCAUAUUGUGUUCUUUCUUCAGUGACUCUUUCCAAUGGAACUAUAACUGUAGCAUCAAGUAAAGCAGUAGUUAUUUUUUAUUUAGCUUGGUUUGAUUUGGUUUUGAGAUAGGGUCUCACCAAGUAGUCCAGGAUGGCCUUGAACUCACCAUAUAGCCCAGUCUGCUCUUGAGCUUAUAGUGGUCCUGCUGCCUAAGCCUUUGAGUACUGGAUUACAGACAUGCGCCGUCAUACCUGGGCUUUUUU